UGACUGUCUAGUCUCUCUUUCUCUCUCUAAUCUCUCUCUUUCUCUCUCUACACCUUAUUAGUUAUUGUUUCAACUUAUUCAUUACACUUUUUGCUAACAGCUAUAAAUGCACACACCUAUUUUGCUUUAUCUUUACUGUUUCUCUCUCUCUUUCUGUGUUUCCUCCAUUACAAACCAAGCUUCCUUUCCACCUUUGUUUAAGGCCCCACAAUCAUCUUCCUCAACCACACUUCCACUAUCCACCAAACCCUUUUCCCUUUUUUCUUCUUCACCAUUUUCUCUCUCUGUAUUUUUCCAUUUUCCAUUAAAAAUCACAUUUUUUUCUUUUCUUUUUCAUCUUAUCCUUAUUUCUCAUUGACCCAUUUUCACUCAUAACCCCUUCUAGCUAAAACUCUAAAAAAAAGCUUUUUUUUUUUUUUUUGUAAUUUUGGAUUAUAGGGUUUGGUUGUGUUCUUUUGUUGCUUAGCAACAAGAUCUUUUUGUUUUUUUUUUUUUUUGUUUUUUAUAGGUGAUGAAGGAAGAAGAUCAAAGAGGGUAACUUAGAUCAAUACAAAGAUUGGAAUGUGUUGAUUAUACCAUCAGAAGAGUGUGGAGGAUAAAGAUUGAUUUGUAGUAUCCAAUUAUGUCUUCCAACUUUUCUUUGAAUGUCGAAUUGUCGAAGAAAACAUCGGUUUGGGGUUUAAGGCUAUGGGUUUUGAUUGGAAUAUGUGUUGGGGCAUUCAUAGUUCUAAUUCUUUGUAUAGUAUCUACAUGGAUACUGUUCCGGAGAAAAACAAGGAGAUCGAGAUCCGUAGAUAAGUACUCGAUAUCGCAAAUACCUCACGAUUCGAAGGAUAUCAAAGUUGACAAGGUUGGAGUGAAUCCGUCGUCUCAUGAUGAACUAGAGAGUGUGUCUAUUGACGUUCACGAUAAUGCGGCAAAGGAUAAGAAUUUUGAUUCAGAUAAGUUGUUUGUUCAUUUAAGCAAAUCAAGUGAACCUGAUAAUAUUAGUAGGUGUAGCUCGGUUUAUCAUCACGAUAGAGGGUUAAGUUUGAUGUCGAUAGAAGAUGGAAAUCUUGGGACUGUUAAGAAGCAGUAUACGGUAACUGCGUCUCCUCUGGCUGGCUUGCCUGAGGUUUCUCAUCUUGGGUGGGGCCAUUGGUUCACACUAAGAGAUCUCGAACUUUCGACUAACCGUUUUGCCCCGGAGAAUGUGAUUGGUGAAGGCGGAUACGGAGUUGUUUACAAGGGAAGAUUGAUCAAUGGAUCUGAGGUGGCAGUGAAGAGACUUUUUAACAACUUGGGACAAGCAGAGAAAGAAUUCAGGGUCGAAGUCGAUGCUAUAGGCCAUGUCAGACAUAAAAACCUUGUGCGCUUACUUGGAUUUUGCAUAGAAGGAGUUCACAGGUUGCUUGUGUAUGAGUAUGUGAACAAUGGUAACUUAGAACAAUGGUUACACGGGGCAAUGAGACAACAUGGGGUACUCACAUGGGAAGCUCGCAUGAAAGUUAUUCUCGGCACAGCCAAAGCGCUUGCUUACUUACACGAAGCGAUAGAACCAAAAGUUGUUCACCGGGAUAUAAAGUCUAGCAACAUUUUGAUCGAUAGCAAGUUCAACGGAAAGGUUUCUGAUUUUGGUUUGGCCAAACUUUUGGAUUCAGGAGAAAGUCACAUAACUACCCGAGUAAUGGGAACAUUUGGUUACGUUGCACCGGAAUAUGCUAACUCCGGCUUGUUAAAUGAGAAAAGCGACAUUUACAGCUUUGGUGUUCUCCUACUCGAAGCAAUUACCGGAAGAGACCCUGUAGACUAUACACGUCCUACCCACGAGGUGAAUCUUGUUGAAUGGCUCAAGAUGAUGGUGGGGACAAGGAGGGCCGAGGAAGUUGUGGACUCAAGCAUUGAAGAGAAACCGCCGACACGUGCUUUAAAGCGCGCUCUCCUUGUUGCAUUUAGAUGUGUCGAUCCUGAGGCUGAGAAGAGACCUAAAAUGAGUCAGGUUGUGAGGAUGCUUGAAGCCGACGAAUAUCCGUUCAGAGAGGAUCGGAGAAAUAGAAAAAGCCGCGGCGUCAGCAUGGAUAUUGAAUCCAUUAAGGAUAACUCCGGUCCUUCGUAUACCGAUAAGAUGAAAGGUUCAGAAGAAUGCGCGACGGAGACACCUCAAAGGUAGAAUUGAGAACCACAUGACUUAGUGUUAGUUUUGUACAGAUGUUGCUGUGUCAUGUGCCAAUCUCCUUAGAAGAACAUGAUUGCUGUUGUGUUUGUUGAUGGAGAGAGAGAGGUGAUAAGAAAAAACUUGAUAUUUGGUUUCAUUAUCCUUUGAUUUUUCUUUUAAGUUAUAUGUAUAUGCUACAAAAAGUAUCUAAUGAGUUUAUGAUGUCUUUCUUUUAAAUUAUUUUAUUUUAUUUCAAGUUCACACUUAACUCUACAACUACAAGUAGGAAUAAGAAUAUAGAUUCCAAGUUCUUUCCACAAGAUCUUUAAAUCAAAGUAAAACUUAGCUACUGGCCUAGAAUCUAGUUGUGUUCCAUAUAUUUCUUGCAUUACUUCAGAAGAAGUGCUUUUUGAGAUUUGUCCAAACAUCAAGUUGAGGAUCUACAGGAUGAGAAGUUCCUGCAAUGCUGGAAGCUCGUGGAGACAUUUCAUGGGCCCUAGAUAUAUCAGUACACAUGUCUACACUCAAUAUUUUG